CAAACAGGAGCGUCGAGGAGUAACAGAGCGGGAGCUUAGCUGUUGCUUGUGAUCUGCGAAGUGUUUGAGUAAAUUGCGGCCUGUUAUUGUAGGUGUUUUGUGCGUACAAGUUCGAUCUUAUUGAGUGUUAAAUAGUUUGACUAUAUAGCAAGAUGGGACCGAAGAAGAAACAGCCAAAGAAUGCAUUCUAUUUUUUUGUUAUGGAGUUCAAAGACCAAAUGGCGAGGAAGGGUGUCAUCUAUCCUAAUCACAAGGAAGCAUUUGAUGCUGCUGGUCCUGAGUGGCAGCGUCUGAGUAAAGAUCAGAGGAACAGGUAUGAAUCAAUUGCUAAGGAAUACAAAUUAGCUGAACAGCAGACAGUACAUAAAUAUACUACAACGGGGAAAACAUUUGAGCAAGUGGAUCAAGAAAUACAGGAGAGACAAGCAGCACAAGCAAGGAUGGAGGAAGAAGUAAAAACAACUGUUGCUGUUUUGGAUAAAAAAGGUCUUCAGACAAAGAUAUUUUACUUCAUGCACGUUAAUUAUUACUGUAGAGUCGAAGAAAAGCAGUUCAUACCAUGUGAACUCGCAAUAUGUCAAUUUAAUUUUGCACUGGGAGCUUUUAAUUUCUACCAUACACUCAUUAAUCCAGGUGAGCUUCCACUGGGCUAUGCUUUUGAGGCAAAGAAAAGAUCAGAUGAAACUCACCAGAUUCCACUCCCUCCACCAUCAUCUGCAGAGAAAAACUAUUCAAAAAUUCUUCUUAAUGUAGUGAAAUUUAUGAAGGAUGAUGUUGAAGAUGGGAAAUUUCCACCAAUUUACACUUACGGUACUGAUGGCACUUCCGAAGCAGUGAAAGAUGUUUUAGAUGCUCUGUGUGAAUACGAAGCUAUGCAAGAAUAUCCCAAAGUUCAAGUACCAGAGAAUUUCAGAGUUUAUCCAUUACCAAAACUCUUCUUUGAACUAAGAAACAAAGCAGGAGAUUUCGCAAACAGGUCUACUAAAGCAUUUCCUGUUGAGAGCUUGGCAGCCAGAGAGCUUGAGAAAAACUUGUAUAGUUUCACACCAGGCAUUUGUUGUGAGAUGCAUGAUGGUACUGAUGCCAGCCAGUACUGCAGUCUCUCUCUUGUUCGAAGGUGGAGCUUCAUAAUUUCAGAUCACUGCUGUAAAGAUUUAGGUAUUGAAUUAGCACCAGGACAGCAUAUUCCACCACCCAUUACUCAGCAACAACCACGCCGCACUCAAGCUCAGAUAAUGCCUGAGAAAGAUGACAAGAAAUCACCGGAUCCUAUAGUUCCCUCCAUCAUUGAUUACUCAAAAAUUAGGUCAAGGUCAAGCUCGUCACGUCAGCUAAUACCGGAUGGAGAGGGAAAGAAAUGUGUGGAGCCCAUUAUUCCAACCAUCAUUGAUUACUCUCAAUCCAAAAUGACUCGUGCUUCUGCUGUUGCCUCUUCUGCUGCUUCAGAGAAGAUUGAAUCUUGUCCUAUUGGCAGAGGAAGAACUAUUGCACCAAACUUUAGUGGUGUUGUAAGAAGACCAAAAUCUGUUGGUCUGGCAAUGCAGCACAGCUCACCUCCAUCAAUUUUGUCUGAGAAAGAUUUUCCAGCAAUUGGAGGCAGUUCAAGUAGUAUUAGCAAGAGCAACAGCAACACCGACAGCAGCAGCAGCAGCAGCAGUGUCAGCAGUAGUAGCGCUCUUAUUUUAGGACAAACUCCACUGAAAGUUGCUGGUAGAGGCAGUUCUGUUGCAACCUGGGGCAAUGUUCCAUCAAGAGGUCGUGGCUUAUGUACAUAUCCUAACAAGUAAGAAGUUCAAGGAAGAUAAUAUAUGUACUUACAUAAAUGGGUGUGUGUGACAGAAUUCGAUUGAAUUCAGGAACACCGUGUAACUUGCAAAUCAGUAUGAAUUCUUUGUUGUUAGAGGUUGUGAUGUGUGUGCCAACCCUUUUUCUGUUUAUAAGGCACAUAUAAUUUCUGUUUGAAGAGUAAUAUUUAUUUCAUUUAAACUUCGAAACUUCAAGUGACAAAUCAGACAUGUUCCACGAAGUGUAGAUUUAUUGAAUUUGACUAGUACCUUUCUUCUGGUGCAUAUGUAGUUAGUUAUUAUUUGUUAUACUGCUGCUUUGGUAAGCACAUCUAAAUUUUGUUUGAUUCAGUAUUGUUUUCUCUUCUUAACAAUUUGCAACUCACAAUGCCUAUUUUAGGCAGUGAUUAAACUAUCAUCAUGCUUAAGCUUCCCUAUUUUACGAAGAAGAUAUGUUUGUUUUUGCUUUAAAUAUGUGACUGUAGCACACAGGCUGUGGUACUUAUAAUUUUCACUAAAGUCAGUGUACCUGUAAGUAACAGUUACCAAUGUGAAGGAUAAAUCGUGUACCUUGUCAUUCAACAGUACAAAGAUUUUAUACAUA